UUUCAUUUCAGAUGAUCUGGAGAAUAGAAUUAGGUGUCCUUUUGACACUGAUUUGUCAAGCGUUGAGCAUAAAAGUUUCCACCACUGGUUAUCACAUAUUACACAAUGAACAUGGCGUUGAUGCAUUUGCCCAACAUAGAUAUCCUUCGGCACCAGGAUUUCCGGCAUCAGCUUUUGCACUGCCAUUAGUGAGUAAUGCCGUACCAACUGGUUUUGCUCCAACCUCUCCGGCACCCGUAAAUCCUUUUGUCACGCUGUCCACACAUGGUCCAUAUGGUCCACAAUUUCCCCAACCCGGAAGAGCACAAUGUGCCGCACCGCCGCCAGUUUGUGAAAAGUCAACAUAUCGUACUUUGGAUGGGUCCUGUAAUCAUUUGGAACGUCCUCAAUUGGGUAUGGCCAAUACACGUUAUGGACGUCUACUGUCGCCACGUUAUGGCGAUGGUAUCAGUUCUCCCACAGCCUCUGUUACGGGGCAAGAGUUGCCCAGUGCUCGUUUGGUGUCUUUGGUAAUCUUUGGAGAAAUGGAUGUGCCCGAUCCAGAAUUUACAUUGAUCAACAUGCAAUGGGGUCAGAUUAUGACACACGAUAUGUCUAUGCAGGCUGGUGGUACUCAGUCCAAAAAACAUCCCACACGUUGUUGUACGGAUGAUGGUCGCUUGGUGGGUCUGGACACUGCACACAAAACUUGUUUCGCCAUUAUUGUACCCGAACACGAUCCCGUGUACUCUCAAGUUGGUACGGAAUGCUUAAAUUUUGUACGUACCCUGACCGAUUUGGAUGCACGUUGUCCCGACUAUCGUGGUGGUCCCGCCGAACAGUUGACCACCGUCACCUCUUACAUGGAUUUAUCGUUGGUCUAUGGCAAUUCCAUACAACAAAAUAGUCAAAUUCGUGCCUUCCAAGGUGGUCGUAUGAUUGUUGAACGUCGUAAUGGAGCAGAUUGGCUGCCAUCUUCACGUAAUGUAACCGGAGAUUGUGAUGCCAUUGACCCAACUGAAGUAUGCUACACAGCUGGUGAUAUUCGUGUUAAUCAAAAUCCUGGAUUGACUAUUUUACAUACAAUCUUGUUGAGAGAACAUAAUCGUAUUGCUGGUGAAUUGGCUAAACUUAAUCCACACUUUGAUGAUCGUACGCUGUUCCAGGAGGCUCGUAAAAUUAAUAUUGCUCAAUAUCAACAUAUCAGUUAUUAUGAAUGGUUACCUAUCUUUUUGGGUGCUGAAAAUAUGCUUAAGAAUCGUUUAAUCUAUAAAGUUCCUGAAAAGGCGCCAGUGAAUGAUUUUGAUCCAAGCAUUGAUCCAUCGGUGAUUAAUUCACAUGCCACAGCUGCUUUCCGGUAUUUCCAUUCACAAAUCGAAGGAAGAUUAGAUUUAUUAUCGGAAUUGAGAUCAGUUUUGGGCUCAUUGCGACUAAGUGACUGGUUCAAUCGUCCCGGCAUCAUAGAAGUUGGCGACAACUUUGAUUCACUAACACGUGGACACUCAACACAGCCAGAAGAAUUAACCGACAUUAACUUCGACAGAGAGAUUAAACACUUCUUAUUCAGACGUAAUAUGCCAUUUGGCAGCGAUUUGAGAGCUAUUGAUAUUCAACGUAAUCGUGACCAUGGUUUGGCCUCCUACAAUGACUUUAGACAAUUCUGUGGCCUGCGAAGAGCUGAGAGUUGGGAGGAUUAUGCUGACCUAAUUGAUCGUGCGAUCAUUGAAAAACUGAAAACAUUGUAUCCCAGCCACGAAGAUGUUGAAAUAACCGUAGGUGGUUCAUUGGAAUCUCAUGUAGCUGGCGCAUUGGCUGGUCCCACAUUCUUGUGUAUACUCACUGAACAAUUCUAUCGUACACGUGUUGGUGAUCGUUUCUUCUUUGAGAAUGGUGAAAAAUAUGUUGGUUUUACUCCAGAUCAAUUGGCUGAAAUUCGCAAAGCUAGUAUGGCUCGUCUACUGUGUGACAAUGCCAAUAAUAUUCAGUCUAUGCAACAGAAGGCUUUCCUAUUGGUUUCACCAAGCAAUCCCGUUGUGCCAUGUUCGAAUAUACCGCAAGUCGAUUUGACCAAAUGGAUUGACAAGAAACCCCACUAUGGCAAAUAAAAA